AUGGCUUUGAUGGAACAGAAACUGAAGGGCAGUGAACAGAAAGCCAUAGACGCAAUACUGAGUUACAGUCAGAGUGCUGAAGAAUUGCUGAAAAGAAAGAAGAUCCACCGUGGGAUUAUAUUUCAAUAUUUAGCAAAACAUAAUGUUGUUACGCCAUCUAAUGCAGAGAAAUACCAGCUUGUUCAGAAAGUUAUAGAAUAUUGGAAUGAAGGCAGUGCUGGAUCCCAGACAAAUAAUUCUUCAGGAAGUACAUCAGGAAGUUAUGUCCCACAGAAUGAUUUAACAGCCAAUUAUAGGAAUGAUUACCAAGCAAUGGGGCUAGAAUUCUGCAAGUGGUUUUAUCAGCUUCUGAACUCCCAGAAUCCUUUACUGGAAGAACAGUCGAAAGACUGGGGCCCCCAGCAUUUUUGGGAAGAUGUUAUACUUAAGUUUUCAUACAGAACUUCUGAGCAGCAGAUGGAGGUAUACACUGGUGCAGUUAUGGUCAGCCUUCGUUUAUUAGCACUGACGAAAGAGGAACAUCUAUACUUGAAUCCUAACCUGACUAACAGUGGACUGAAGUGCAUCCAUUCACCUCAUGGAUUAGUUAUUAUUGCAGUGGCUGGUACCAUUCACAGAGAAUCAGUAUGCCUGGGAAUUUUUGAGCAAAUCUUUGGUCUUAUCCGUUGUCCAAACAGUGAGAACAAUUGGAAGAUGAAGUUCGUUCACCUAAAGAUUACUGGUCAUGGCGCAACAACAUCACCACCCACUGUCCAGUCCUAUGAGGAUUCGGAGCCACCUGUCAUUAAAUACGAAUCCAAUGAGCUACUGCAAGUUUUUGAAGAACACAGCGUAGGAAUUUGUGAUUGAAGCUGCGUGGCCUGUUGCCCUUCAUGAUAGCAAUUAGCUGACGCAACAAUCUCAUUUCUGCUUCAUAAAAUGAAAAGUGCAACUUUGCCUGUGUGCCAGAAGGCAAUAAAUUAUACUGUAAUGCAGCUAGAACUACCAUUCAUGCUAGUGUGUAAAUUCUGGUGUCAAAAAAAAACUAAUGGAAACAGACUAUUGCUCAUGCAUCAUCUUACUAUUAUAUGCAAUAUUGUCAAAAUUCCUGAGCGAAGAAAUGUUACAAAAUUGGUCUUCAACAGAUAAGUGUUAUUUCAACAAAUCCUCUCACUUUUUCUGCCCUACCUUGGCUGGUUAUGAACCUUUGCUCUCUUCUUAGAUCAUAAUUGAUGAAUGUAGUCGAUAAGGCCGUAUUUUCUCAGUUUACGGUGACUCCUUAUUGCUGGCACUUGGCUCCUGAUUAAGAAUAUUGGCUUUGACAUCCUUUCAGUCCCAUGAGUAAAUAAACUAGGUUGCUGUAUGGUAAUACUGUGGGAGUAUUACAGUGUUGGAGUUGCUGAUCAUCAGAUGAGAUCCAAAAUUCAGGACAGGAAAUGCUGGAGGUUCUCAGCAGGACUGUCAGCAUCUGUAGAGAGAAAGAGUUAAUGUUUCACAACUGUUUGGAGGUUUAGCAACCUAAAAUAUUAACUCUGUUUCCAUCUCCACAGUGCCAGAUCUGGUGAAUGUAUAUUAUAAUUUCUGUUUUCGUUUCAGAUUUCCAACAUUCUCAGUAGUUUUCUUUUGUCCCAAAUUAAAAUUGUCAGUAUUAGUUGAAGGAGUCAAAAACAAGUUAAUUAGUUACUCAUUAUGUUGCUAUUUAUAGAAGCUUGGUUUGCACACAACAACCACAUCUGCCUGCCAAAACAUAAAAGUGGAUACAAGGAAAAGAAAGAGAUAAUACCUAGCUAACCUCUAAGACGUUACUUGAUAUCAUUUUCAACUCUGCUGACAUUUAAUUCCACCCGCACUAAAUCUUGAUAGAUGAGACCUUUCUUCCAAAAUAUCAUUAUCUUCUGUGACCAUUGAUAAAAUGAAAAUAUUGGUGCUUAGUUGAAUGAUUAAGAAAUGCCAAGCAGCUUGUCCAUUAUGCUGAAGAUCUGAGCACCAUUAAUGAGCUAUCUUGUUUCUACCAGACGUCGUCUCAAUAUAGGAACAGAGUAGGCUGUUCAACCCCUCAGCCUUUCUGCCAUUUAAUUAGAUCAAAGCUGAUCUCUAAAGUGCCUGCCGGGUUGAAAUAUGAUAGUCCUGUCCAAUCUUACGAAUAUAAUUUAACAUAUUUAGCGUGUGCACUAGAGUAUGCCACAAGUGUUCUGAACAGAUCUAUAAACUUCACACUUCAAAGUAUUCAACUUUAAUAGUGCAUCUAUUUCUGAAGACAGAUAGAAAUUAAAUGUGUUUUUUUGUGUUAGCACUCCAUUUGAAGUAUGAACAACAGUAGAAGUCAAUGAUCUAUUUGGCAUCAGUUAUACAACACAUUUGUGUUCUUCCUAAAUAUACAGUUCGACAUUUUAGUUCUGUUUGUUGGUAUAUACUUUCUAUUAAUUAUUGUUGAAGACUGGAUUUAUAGUUCACGUUAUCAAAAGAUAUUGUUAGCUUAAUGAAAUGUGAAUGUAUUAUAAAUAGAUCUGAGUCUGCAAAAUGAUCUUUAUGUUUGAUUUGCAUGUACUGUAUCAUAUUUCAACAAAUAAAACGGGUCGCUGAGUCAGUCUUUGAUCACAGUAACUGAUGGAUUUGUUUUGUUGGAAAUAAACUUAAUUCCUUGGA